GCGCAGCGUAUAUAACAAGUAUACGUAAAUGCAUUAAAGCAGCUACAUACCAUCAGAAAGCAGACAUUGGACUUGCUGAUCGAACUUCAAGAAAAAGUUAAAAAUUGGAACAAUGAAGCUCUGCAUUGCAGUUAUUCUGCUAAUAGCUAUUGUGCGAAAUUCGUCAGCCAGGAUUGGAGGAGUGGUGUACACAAGAUGGGGAAGCAGCACUUGCCCUUAUACAUCCACACGUGUCUAUUCAGGAGCAAUGGCAGGAACCAGCUACCAGUUUAGAGGAGGUGCAUCCAACAUGCUUUGCAUGCCAUUCAACCCCGACUAUUACUAUACACGUUCUGGGACACAAGGUCACAGCUACCUGAAUGGUGCAGAAUAUGCACAGCCUCUACAUGUACGUUACAGUUCUCCAGAGCUCAAUGCACCCUGUGCUGUGUGCACUGUUUACACACGAAGUCAAGUCCUUAUGAUUCCAGGAAAAAUCUACUGUCCAUCUUCGUGGACAAGAGAGUACUUUGGCUAUCUCAUGUCCGAGAGCGCAAAUGAGUAUCGCAGUACAUUUACUUGUAUUGACAAAUACCAAGAGGGUUUGGCAGGCAGUAGAGGUCAUUCCCCCGCAAGUGAUCUAUGGCAUGUCGAGGCAAGUUGCUCCGGGUUGAAGUGCCCACCUUACAGUCCAAGCAAGGAGCUCACUUGUGUUGUGUGCACAAAGUAAAAAAAACAGAGAAACAGCAUAAACUUGUAACAGUAUAAUAUAGCUACAUGUAUGACAAUUUGUCUACAAUCAAUUCUUGAUGGAAAGUCAGCGCAAAAAGUUAAAGGCUAAAAUAUUUAACGAUUAUUACUUUGUAAUUAUUAUAUAUAUUAUAUAUGUACGUAAGCAUGAAAU